GCGUUCACUACCAAGGAGCGUGUGGAAAAGGCUCGGCCGCUUCUCACAGAGCUGGCAGCGCUCCCUGAUGUACAAACUGCUCUGCUCCUUUUGCGGCACUGCGCGUCCUUCUGUCGGGUUGCCUACGCCUCCCGGGUCACCCCUCCAGGCCACCAUUGCACUGCCCUGAAUGCCUUCGACGCCGAUGUCAGGGCUUGCCUUGCGCACAUGUGCACUGGCCCUUUGCGUUCCGAGGCGUGGGCUCAGGCCACCCUGGCAACCUCCGUCGGCGGAUUGGGCCUCCGCUCUGCCCGACGGCAUGCGCCGGCCGCUUACUUGGCCUCCCUGGUCAACACUGCGCAGGCGUGCGCUUUGUUGGACCCAGACUACGACCUUGCCACCCACUCUGCCUACCUCGCAGCAAUCACCGCCCACAACCAAGAUGCAGCACUCGACCGCGCAGUGAUCUCGCAGCUCCUUGCCCCGGGUCAGGGUCGUGAGGCCGCCCAGGCCCAUCUGCGCCUUCUCGAGCUCCCCGGCUCUGGGGCUUGGCUCCACGCCCCUCCCAGCGAGGCUCUUGGGCUCCAUGUUGCACCCCGCCUCUUCCGCGUAAUGGUGCAGCUCCGUCUCCGCCUGCCCGUCUCUCCGGAAGACACGCAUUGCGUAGCCGCGGCUGAGGCCUACGAGGGCUGGAAGUGUGGCACUGUGUUUGAAUACGGCAAGCGCAGCAACGUCGCGGACAGACGUGUGUCGAAGUACUUUGUCGCAGAGAGAGUGACGUCCUCUGCGAAUAUGGCUUUCCUUCGCUUGGCCUGCGCACUGAUGCUCCUUUUCUACAUCGAGAAUGCUUGCGCCAUCAGGGGGGGCGACGUCUCGAACGUGGAAUGCAAGGAGAAGCUCACCGUCACCGCAGCGAAGCAACACUUCAUGACCGAGGUGCAGAAGAUGCCAGCCACCGCCACAGCCUUGUGCAAUUGGGCGACGAAUGGACAAAAUCCAGACGCCAGGGAGGAGGCGCUGACGUACAUGGCCAAGCAGCUAAGCAAGCUGCAGGUGUGGAUCGCCGAAGAUUGGGUUCUUGCCAGGUGUUUGGAGUCUUGGGUGGAGGGUUAG